GCCUUUAGCUGAGGCCUGAGAAUGGGAAGAGCUCAUCGCCCCUUGUCAUCAGCCUUCCUCCAGGAAACGGGUAAAGAAGCAGCAGCACAGGCGUAGGAAAGGCUUCAUCACGGAGGUGCUCUGGAAACCAGAAUGGAGGAGUUCUGCAACUCUACUUUUUGGAACGGCUCAUUACUGAACAGACCAGAUGCAGACCUGACACUCUGCUUUGAACAAACUGUUCUCGUGUGGAUUCCCUUGGGCUUUCUUUGGCUCUUGGCCCCUUGGCAGCUUUUCAGUGUAUGCAGAUCCAGGACAAAGAAGUCAUCUAUAACUAAAUUCUACAUUGCUAAGCAGGUGCUCGUUGUGUUUCUUCUCAUUUUAGCAGCCAUAGACUUGGGCCUGGCACUCACAGAAGAUACUGGACAAGCCGCAAUUCCUCCUGUCAGAUAUACUAAUCCAAUCCUCUACAUAUGCACAUGGAUCCUGGUUUUAGUGAUCCAACACAGCAGACAAGGAUGCAUACAGAAGAACUCUUGGUUCCUGUCCAUGUUCUGGAUUCUCUCCAUCGUCUGCAGCACGUUCCAAUUUCAGACUCUGAUACGAGCACUCCAACAGGACAGCAACUCUAACACGGCCUAUUCCUACCUGUUCUUCGUCUCCUACGGGUUCCAGAUUAUCAUCUUUAUUCUGUCAGCCUUUUCAGACUCAAGCGACACCUCAUAUAAUCCGUCAUCCACGGCUUCAUUUCUGAGCAGCAUUACGUUUAGUUGGUAUGACAGCACUGUUCUGAAAGGCUACAAACAUCCAUUGACACUAGAAGAUGUCUUGGAUGUUGACAAAGAGUUUAAAACAAAGGCAAUGGUAAGCAAGUUUGAAGUGUUCAUGACAAAGGAUCUGCAGAAAGCCAAGCAGGCUCUUCAGAGGCGGCAGCAGAAGAAGUCCCGGAAGAACCCCGAGGCCACACUGCACGGUUUGAACAAGAACCAGAGUCAAAGCCAAGAUGUUCUUGUCCUGGAAGAAGCUAAAAAGAAGAAAAAGAAGUCUGAGACCACAAAAGACUUCCCCAAGUCCUGGCUGGUGAAGUCCCUCUUCAAAACCUUCUAUGUGGUGACCCUGAAAUCAUUUAUAUUGAAAUUUAUACACGAUAUUCUGAUGUUUCUGAAUCCUCAGCUACUGAAAUUUCUCAUUGCCUUUGUGAGCGACCCUGGCACAUAUUCAUGGGUUGGAUUUGUCUUUGCAAUCCUGAUGUUUGUUGUGAGUCUCAUCCAGUCUUUCUGCCUUCAGAGUUACUUUCAGUUGUGUUUCGUGUUGGGAAUGAGUGUACGGACAACUGUCAUGGCUUCUGUAUAUAAGAAGGCUCUGAAGCUCUCCAACAUGGCCAGGAGGCAGUACACCAUUGGAGAAACCGUGAACUUGAUGUCUGUCGAUGCCCAGAAGCUGAUGGAUGUGACCAACUACUUUCAGUUGACGUGGUCAACCGUUUUACAGAUUGUCUUAUCCAUCUUCUUCCUGUGGAGAGAGUUGGGACCUUCAGUCUUAGCAGGUGUUGGGGUAAUGGUUCUCCUGAUCCCAGUCAAUGCAGUACUGGCUACCAAGAACAGGAUGAUUCAGGUCAAAAAUAUGAAGUAUAAAGACAAGCGGUUAAAAAUCAUGAAUGAGAUUCUCAGUGGAAUUAAGAUCCUGAAAUAUUUUGCCUGGGAACCUUCAUUCAGAGACCAAGUCCUCAGCCUUCGGAAGAAAGAACUCAGGAAUUUACUAUCAUACGGGCAAUUGCAGACUGUUGUAGUAUUCAUCUUACACUUAACUCCAGUCCUGGUGUCUGUGAUCACCUUUGCUGUGUAUGUCAUGGUGGACAGCAACAAUAUUUUGAAUGCAGAGAAGGCUUUCACCUCCAUCACUCUCUUCAAUGUCCUUCGAUUUCCUCUUGCUAUGCUCCCUAUGGUGAUCUCUUCAAUGCUCCAGGCCAGUGUUUCUAUAGAACGGCUAGAGAAGUACUUGGGAGGGGAAGACUUGGACACCUCCGCCAUUCGCCAUGUCAGCAACUUUGAUAAAGCUGUGCAGUUUUCAGAGGCCUCUUUUACUUGGGACCGGGACUUGGACCCCACAAUCCGAGAUGUGAACCUGGACAUAAAGCCAGGCCAGCUGGUGGCUGUCGUGGGCACUGUGGGCUCUGGGAAAUCCUCCUUGGUAUCAGCCAUGCUGGGAGAAAUGGAGAAUGUGCACGGGCACAUCACUAUCAAGGGCACCACAGCCUAUGUCCCUCAGCAGUCCUGGAUUCAGAACGGGACCAUCAAGGACAACAUCCUCUUUGGAUCAGAAUUCAAUGAAAAGAAGUACCAGGAAGUUCUUGAAGCUUGCGCUCUCCUCCCAGACUUGGAGAUGUUGCCUGGAAGAGACAUGGCUGAGAUUGGAGAGAAGGGCAUAAAUCUCAGCGGUGGUCAGAAGCAGCGAGUCAGCCUGGCCAGAGCCACCUAUCAGAACACAGACAUCUAUAUUCUAGACGACCCCCUGUCGGCUGUGGAUUCUCAUGUGGGGAAACACAUUUUCGAUAAGGUCGUGGGCCCCAAUGGCAUAUUGAAAGGCAAGACUCGCAUCUUGGUGACUCACAGCAUUCACUUCCUUCCCCAAGUGGAUGAGAUUAUAGUUCUGGGGAACGGCACUGUCUUAGAGAAAGGAUCCUACCAGGAUCUGCUGAGCAAGAAAGGAGUGUUCGCCAAGAAUCUGAAGACAUUCAUGAAGCAUUCUGGGCCAGAAGGAGAGGCCACAGUCAAUGAUGACAGUGAGGACGACGAUGACUCUGGGCUGAUACCAACUGUGGAGGAAAUCCCCGAGGAGGCAGCUUCCUUGACCAUGAGAAGAGAAAAUAGCCUUCGCCGAACACUGAGUCGCAGCUCCAGGUCCAGUGGCAGGCACAGGAAGUCCCUCAAAAACUCCGUGAAGAUCAAGAAUGGGGCUGCCUUGAGGGAGAAGGAAGAAGUAGUGAGAGGCCAAAAACUAAUCAAGAAGGAAUUUAUGGAGACCGGGAAGGUAAAGUUCUCCAUCUACAUGAAAUACCUACAAUCAGUAGGAUGGUGCUCGAUAACCUUUAUCGUCUUGGGCUUUGCAUUGUAUUCUGUUGCUUCUAUUGGAUCUAACCUCUGGCUGAGUGCUUGGACCCGUGACUCUCAGCACUUGAAUGGCUCUAACUAUCCAACUUCUCAGAGGGACAUGAGAAUUGGAGUCUUUGCAGCUCUGGGAAUGGCACAAGGCAUCUUUGUGCUUGUUGCAACUCUCUGGAGUGUGUUUGCUUGUAACUAUUCAUCAAAAACUUUGCACAAGCAGCUGCUCAUCAACAUCCUUCGAGCACCCAUGAGCUUUUUUGAUACAACUCCCACAGGCCGGAUUGUGAACAGAUUCGCUGGUGAUAUCUCCACUGUGGACGACUUGCUCCCCCAGACUCUGCGGAGCUGGGUGAUGUGCUUCUUUAGUAUAAUCAGCACUCUCGUUAUGAUCUGCAUGGCCACUCCCAUCUUCGCCGUCGUCAUCAUUCCCCUUGGCAUCAUUUAUGUGUCUGUUCAGGUGUUUUAUGUGGCUACUUCCCGCCAGCUGAAAAGACUGGACUCUGUCACCAGGUCCCCAAUCUAUUCUCACUUCAGCGAGACUGUUUCGGGUCUGCCCGUCAUCCGUGCUUUCCAGCACCAGCAGCGUUUCCUAACCAACAGCGAGAAGCUGGUCGACAUCAACCAGAAAUGCGUCUUCUCCUGGAUCACCUCCAACAGGUGGCUUGCAAUUCGUCUGGAGCUGGUUGGAAACUUGGUUGUCUUCUUUGCAGCCUUGUUUCUGGUUAUCUAUAAAGAUAGCUUAACCGGGGACGCUGUGGGCUUUGUUCUGUCCAACGCCCUCAAUAUCACACAAACCCUGAAUUGGCUGGUGAGGAUGACGUCAGAAGCAGAGACCAACAUUGUGGCUGUUGAGAGAAUAGAUGAAUACAUAAAUGUGGAAAAUGAGGCACCCUGGGUGACCGAUAAGAGGCCUCCAGCAGAUUGGCCCAGCAAAGGUGAGAUCCAGUUCAACAACUAUCAAGUACGGUAUCGGCCUGAGCUGGAUCUGGUACUGAGAGGGAUCUCUUGCCAUAUCAAGAGCACCGAGAAGGUUGGUGUGGUGGGCAGGACCGGAGCUGGGAAGUCAUCCCUCACAAACUGCCUCUUCAGAAUCUUAGAGUCUGCAGGCGGCCAGAUCAUCAUUGAUGGAGUAGAUAUUGCUUCCAUCGGACUGCACGACCUUCGCGGGAAGCUGACCAUCAUCCCCCAGGACCCCAUCCUGUUCUCCGGGAGUCUGCGGAUGAAUCUAGACCCUUUCGACAAAUACUCGGACGAGGAGAUCUGGAAAGCCCUGGAACUGGCUCAUCUCAAGUCCUUCGUGGAUGGCCUGCAACUUGGGCUGUAUCAUGAAGUCACAGAGGGUGGGGACAACCUGAGCAUAGGGCAAAGGCAGCUCCUGUGCCUGGGCAGGGCUUUGCUACGAAAAUCCAAAAUCCUGGUCCUGGACGAGGCCACAGCUGCGGUGGAUCUAGAGACAGACAACCUUAUUCAAACGACCAUCCGGAAUGAGUUCUCCCACUGCACCGUGGUCACCAUCGCCCACAGACUGCACACCAUCAUGGACAGUGACAAGAUAAUGGUCCUAGACAGUGGGAAGAUUGUGGAGUACGGCAGUCCUGAGGAGCUGCUGUCCAAAAUGGGUCCCUUUUAUUUUAUGGCCAAGGAAGCCGGCAUUGAGAACGUGAACAACACGGAACUCUAGCAGGUGGUUCCACAGCCACAGAACUAUGAGGAGCAUCCUUAUUUACUUUUGUCUUUUGUGCCUAUGUCAUGGGAGCCAAGAUAUGUAUGUUGUUGCUAUUAUUGCUCAGGUUGACCUCAAAUUCAGGCUCAAGCAAUCUCUGGUCUCAGCCUCCCACGUUAAGUAGAUAAUUUAAUAGAGUACCAUGCAUAGAUACCUAAAUAAAUAUUAUCAAAUACCUUAGAAAAUCCUCAGCUGAGCUGGGGAGAUCUCUCAGUUGAUAGUGUUGCCUUGAAGGCGUGAGGACCAGAGCUGGAUCCCAGAAUUCAUUUUUUUAAAGUGGGCCUGGUGGCACAAGAUCAUUGUGCUAGCGCUGGAGGCCAGAGUCAGGCAGACGCUGGGGCUUGACGGCCAGCACAGCCUGCUUGAAGAGUCCAGGUCAGGAAGAGACCCCGUCUCAAACCAAACCAAGUGGAGAGCGCCAAAGCAGCAACACUUGGAGUUGAACUCUGGCCUCAAGACACACACAUGUCCUACAUACACAAACACAUGCAUACACACCUCAAAAGGAAGAACCUCAUUGCUCUGCCUUGAUUAUAAUUCCUUGCUACCCCCCAUUCCCAGAAAUAACCAUUAUUCUAAAUUUCAUAGUUUUUUUGCCUGUGGUUUUAGCUUUUGCCACCUUUGCGUGGUUAAGCAAUGUACGCGGUUUAUUCUGGUGUAAAUGGGCUCAGACUGCAUGUAUCAUGGCUCUACCUUUGUUCAACAAUACAUUUGCAAAUUGUCUACAUUGAUGUACGUGGCGAGGUGCCUUCACUUGCACUGCUCUUCGGCAGGGCAGCAUUGUGGGACUAGAUGAUACUUGAUCUCACGUGUUGGUGAUGUGGGCUUCUCUCCAGGGUUUCUCCUUUUCCAUGAGCAACACGAGUGCUAUGAACAUCCUGGGAUUCUUGUUUGUUUCUCUAAAGUCUGGUUUGGAAUUGGGGGUUGUGCAAUGUUUACAUGUACAUCCUGAGCAGUUCCAGUUUAAAUAAUGAGUGUAACUAAUAUCUCAUUUUGGGUUCACUGUGUGUGUUCCUGGAUUCUGCCGGGGGUCAAAAUCUUUCUGUGUGUUCCUGGGGCAUGUGGAUUUGUUAUAUAGAUUUACAGAUGUUGUAUCUUAUCGUUUCAAUAUCUGGAUUCUUUCUCAUCUAUUGUUUUUAAUGUUUAUUUUUACUUAUUGAUUUAUUUUUAAUUUCUUAAAGAUUUAUUUAUUUUAUUGUAUGUAUGACUAUUUUGCCUGCAUGCAUGUAUGUGGACCACAUGCAUCAGAAGAGGACUUCAGAGCCCCUGGCACUGGAGUUACAGACAAUUGUGAGCCACCAUGUGGGUGCUGGGAUCGAAGCUGAGUCCUCUGCAAUAGCAGCAAAUGUUCUUCUGCCACCUUUCCACAACCUCUCCCUCACCCCAUCUACUAUUUUUAUUCUUGGUGUCUUGUUUCUUUGUAUGUCUUCUGAAUUUUUGCUGUGCGCUACUUAUUUCCCUUACAAUUUGAUUUGGGAAUAUUCUCUGGGGUUGGAAUUAAAGCCACAUUCUUCCUAAGAAAAAUUUUGAAGGCUUCUGCCAGUCACCUAGGAUACCCACUCCCCCUCGACCUUUUGGGACUAAAUUCUCCAAACUGAGUAUCUCAGGCAGCUUCAGAGAGAAGCCCUGGUUUGUGAUUUACAAGUCUCAAGGAGAGUCCCUGCUUCGAUGGUAAGGCAGAGAUGGGCAUGGGCUUCUGCUUCUGUUGGUGGCAUCCGAAUUCUAUGUGACCAUUUCAAGAGUAGCUAUUUUGAGACUCAGGUCAUGGGUUUCUCUUGGCUUUAUUUCUUAGUUGGUGUCCUGUAUUAGCAGCAAGAGUAGACUUAAGAUUUCUGGGUUUGGAAGCCUGCCUGCCUUUGUCCCAAUGUCAAGACGCCUUUUUGUGUCCCGCUGGAGGAUCAUUGUGUUCUUCCAACUGAGGAUGUCGUCAUGAAGACUUUAAUCUAUUCUGCGCCUCACUGCUUAGUGAGGUUCUCAGAGGAAGGUUAUGAAGUUACAGUAGCCACCGUCUCCUUGCCCUUGCAGCUACCAGCUGCAUCUCCAGACCAAACCUCUCCCCUAGCCUCUUAAAGUAGCUCAGAUUAGAGAACACUGCAAGGUUUCCAGUGCUGUAUAGAUAUCAGACAGCUCAGGUACAUUAUACCUAGUUCACAUACAUAGUUCAUCCUUAGCGGCCAGUUUUCAGAGUUAGCUUUUGAAAUAUUUCCAACUUACUCAAAGUGUAGCUCCUAUAGCUGCAAAUUAGUAUAUGGGAAUCAAAGAUUCUAUCGAUUGUGCCCAUUGCCUUAUGGACCACAGAGAACAUUUCUGGUUAAACUUGGCGUGCCUUCAGUGAGAUGCAACCCAUUAUUUUGUGGCAGAGGAAUGACAUUUGAGGGUUGAUUGUAGAGUACUGUACCUCUAAAGCUCUGUCAGACCAAGCUGUAUUUCAGCCAUUCAUGUUUGUUCCUGUGUGCUUGUGUCUCUCCCCGACACACACUGGUCUCUGUGGCUCCCUUCCUCGGGUACCAUCAUCACCAUCACCAUCAUCUCCCUUGUCUCUCUCCCCCAGCUCAGUGUCUAGAUCACCGCCAGGUAACCGGUUUGUACCGUUUGCUUUACCUCAUCCCUGGGAUUCUCAGGAAGAACUUGCUUGCUCCAUAAUUUUAAAAUAGCCUUGUUUUCUUCCCAAGGACAUUCUACAGUUCUCUAGUUUGCUUCUUAAAACAAGUUUACAGGCACACAGCGUUUAGAGAAGCAAGGGGACCUUGGGAAAGUGGAGAGGAAGUUUACAGCUGCUGAGAGCUAACUGUACCAGCAUAAGCAUUGCAGAUAGAGGAGGAGAGCCUACAACAGCCCCAUUCAUUUCCCAAACCAAGUGGCCGAUCCCAGUGUUCUUAUCACCAGAGAACUCAGAUGAACAACCUGUUCUGUUUAUUUGGCAUCCUUUAAAUGCCUGACAUUUUAAAGCAAUUUAAUAUAAAUAAAACUAUUUUAUUUAAA